AAAAAAAAAAAAAAAAUCAAACUCUUGACAAAAAAAAAUGCAUCUCUCUCUCAAAAUCUUGAUCGUUCUUUCGUUUCUUCUUCUGCCUCCAUCAUCUUCUUCUUCACAAACCCUUAAUCAUCAAAGCAGCUUUUUAAACCCUUUUUUGCAACAUAAAAAUUGUUCACUAAAAGAUUAUAUUCUAAGUAUAGCAAAUCAUGUGGACACAGCAGAUUGGAUCAAGAACAUAAGAAGGGAGAUUCAUGAAUAUCCAGAACUGGCUUUCGAAGAAAUCAGAACAAGUUCGGUUAUCCGGCGAGAACUUGAGAAGAUGAGUAUCGGGUACAGGUGGCCUGUGGCCAAGACCGGAGUAGUCGCAGUGAUUGGCUCUGGUUUACCGCCGUUUGUAGCACUUAGAGCAGACAUGGAUGCUUUACCCCUUCAGGAACUGGUUGAGUGGGAGCAUAAAAGCAAAAUUGAUGGCAAGAUGCAUGCUUGUGGACAUGAUGCUCAUGUUGCAAUGCUUCUCGGUGCUGCUAAGAUAUUGAAACAACUCGAAAGCGAAUUACAGGGCACAGUGGUUUUGAUAUUUCAACCAGCUGAAGAAAGAGGUGAAGGAGCAAAAGAGAUGAUUAAAGAAGGUGUUCUUGAGAAUGUAGAGGCCAUUUUUGGGCUACAUUUAGUCCUGAGCUCUGAUUCUGGUGUUGUUGCAACCAAGCCAGGCGAGUUUUUGGCCGGGUGUGGUUGCUUCAAGGCAGUGAUCCAUGGCAAAGGAGGCGAUGCCGCCAUCCCACAAGAUUCUGUUAAUCCCAUUUUGGCUGUUUCGGCUUCUAUAAUUAGCUUACAACAUAUUGUUUCUCGAGAAGCAGACCCCUUGGACACUCCUGUGGUUUCGGUAGCAAUAGUGGAAGGUGGAAGUGAGCUUAAUGUGAUUCCUGAUUCAGUUUCCAUGGCUGGUACUUAUAGAGCUUUUAGCAAAAAGACCUUCUAUGCACUUGGAGAAAGAAUAAAAGAGGUGAUAAAAGCGCAAGCGUCUGUAUACGGAUGCUCCUCUGUGGUUGAUUUAGAAGGAAAUGAUUAUCCAAGUGUCCCCCCAACCGUGAACGACAAGAGGAUAUACGAGCACGCGGUACAAGUAUCGAGUAUGAUUGUGGGUGAACAUAACAUAGAAUUGAGCCCUCCUUUUAUGGGAAGUGAAGAUCUAGCCUUCUACUUGGAAAAGAUUCCGGGAACAUUAGCUUUUCUUGGCAUGCGAAAUGUGAAGGCUGGCUUUGUGCAUUCACCACACAGUCCAUACUAUACAGUUAAUGAACAAGUGCUUCCUACAGGAUCUGCACUUCAUGCUGCUUUCGCCUAUACAUACCUCUUAAAUCAACUCCUAGCUAAUUAAGUAAAUAAUCAUAUAAAAUCAUCAUGUAAGUAUGAAUAUGCAGAUAUAUAUAUUGUGUGUCCCAUUGAAUAACAUCUAAGUUUAUAUCCGGUUGAUAAUAGAGUACUGUAUAUGCUA